AUGGGCGGUGCCUUCGCUGCAGUGGGCGGGGCCUCAAAUCGGCACUGCCGGACCGUGUGCUGUGGGCGGGGCCGUCCCAAGCCCCUCCCCUCACGCAUCGCCCCGCCCAUCGCCCCGCCCCGUACCCUUGAGCCGCGGCAGAAGAUGGCGGCGGCGCCGACCCUGGCCCGGCGGAUCGCCCGCUCAGGUGUGCUGUCCCUGUGCUGCCGGCCCCCAUCGUGGGACAGGGCCGCCCGGCAGCUCCCGCUCGCCCCAUGUCGUGCCUUCAGCAACAACAAGAUCCAGGUGGAUCUGGACGAGAGCUCAGGCGUUGCCAUGAUGAAGUUCAAGAGUCCCCCGGUGAACAGCCUGAGCCUGGACUUCCUCACUGAGUUUUCCAUAAGCCUGGAGAAGUUGGAGAACGACCGUGCCUGCCGGGGUGUGAUCAUUACAUCCGCUAUCCCCAAAAUAUUCUCCUCUGGCCUGGACAUCAUGGAGAUGUGUGGGAAGAACGUGGAGCACUACGGCGAGUUCUGGAGAGCCGUGCAGGAGAUGUGGCUGCGGCUCUACGGCUCCAACAUGGUCACGAUCGCUGCAGUCAAUGUAUGUCCUUUGGACCCACCUCCCUCGUCACCUGUCACCUGCUGCGGCUUGUUUGCACCGUGUGGGCAGGGACGGCCGAAAAAUCAGGCUGAAACAAAUCCAAAAAAUGCAUUUGUUGGGGCGUUUGGGCGAAAUUCGUGUCUGUCAGCGUGCGGGGUGUGGGAAGGUGUAGAAGCGUGGGAUGCUGCAGGCACCAUGUAAGCUGCAGACACUGCUGGGGUAUAGCAGCACUUCAGCACUUCCACCAGGUUUUGCUCCUCCAGCUGUGGUUCUUGGCCAGCAGGGAAGUGCUGUUGGAAUCUUGGUGUCCGUGGAUGGGUCGUUACAUGUUUGGUGUCUUCUUUUCAUUUUCCAGUGCGGUGCUGCCCUGGCAGCUCCCGGUGGUGUCUGUCCACAGCCCGU